CUAUCAAUACUGACUCGCAACCAGCUGGUUCCUCAAAUCAACCCCAACGGCCGCAUCCCCGCCAUCACGGACGGCAACCAGCGCGUCUUCGAGAGCGGCGCUAUCCUGCUGUAUCUGACGGACAAGUACGACACGGAGCGCAGGUUCAGCUAUGCGCCCGGCACGCCGGAAUAUGUCGAGGAACUGUGCUGGUUGAUGUGGCAGAUGGGCGGGCUUGGGCCGAUGCAAGGCCAGGCAAACCACUUCCGCGUCUUCGCGCAGGUCCGCUCCGACUACGGCAUCAAGCGGUACAUGGACGAGACGAAGCGGCUGUACUCGGUACUAGAGUCGCGUCUGCAGGAAACAGGCGCGUACCUUGCAGGACCCAAAUACACGAUCGCGGACAUCGCCAGCUACGGCUGGGUGCGCUCGGCGCCCAACGCGCUGGACAUUGAUCUGAGCGAGUGGCCGGCGCUGAAGAAGUGGUACGAGACCAUCUCGCAGCGGGAGGCUGUCCAGCGGGGGGUCAAGAUUCCGCCGCCAAAGUUCAGUGAGGAGCAGUUUAGAGAGUUUAUGAAGGCUGCGAGGGAGAAGAUUGAUGCGAAGGAGAAUACGGAUAAGUAUGUAUGUACAUACAACUGGGGUACAUACAAAAGAAAAACCUAG